GGACGGACGUGCGUCGCUCCGACUCGAAUACCGCAUCGCGAGUGUAUACGACAUUCAGUGAGUGUUGUGAUUGUGAAUUGACGUGCUUCACGAGCUGAAAUAUCGAUAGAAAUGAUUAAUACGAUCGAUUCAUAAGAUAACGUGACAUCGAAGUUAUGACGAGCCAAUUGUGAUCAGUGCAUGUGAUACUGGAAGCUUAUAUUUUCUAUUUGUAACUACGGAACAUGCGCCGAUGGUGGUGGAAACGCGCGCCGGCGUGCAUGUGAUCUCGUGGCAUGAUGGCGCGGCAGGUGUGCCUCUUCCUUGUGCUGUGCCUCGUGCGCUGCGACACCAAGACCGUGUUGCAAGAUAAACUUGCUGGCGUGCGGACGGUAGACGUGCAGGCAGUUGAGGGUAUGGUCGCUCAGUUCCCUUGUGACCUCGGCACUGCCGCCAAUGACAAGGUCUAUAUGGUCUUCUGGUUCAGGGAUGACGCUGGGAUUCCAUUGUACAGUUUCGACGUCCGCGGCAAGCACCUAUCCGAAGCGCGGCACUGGUCAGCGCCAGAAGUGUUCGGGCCUCGCGCGCACUUCUCCACGUCCCCCUCCCCCGCUUCCCUCCUCGUGAGGGACGUGAAGCGCCGCGACGAGGGAGUGUACAGGUGUCGAAUAGACUUCCGUAACACGCAGACCACCAGCUUCAGAUAUAACCUCACUGUUGUUGUACCACCAGAAAAGCCAGUGGUGGUGGACCGGUGGGGGCGGGUGAUCAACACCACCACCCUGGGCCCCCAUGAGGAGGGGGAUGAUGUUCUGCUAACUUGCCGCGUGCUUGGAGGCCGACCCGAGCCGUCUGUUCGGUGGCUUGUCAACGGUGUUCUAGUGGACGAGGAGUAUGAACACAACACCGGUGACGUCAUAGAGAACAGGCUGAUGUGGCCAGCUAUACGGCGGGCCGACUACGCGGCGGUGUUCACCUGCCAGGCCGCCAACUCGCAUCUGGUCCCGCCGAAAGAAGUCUCAUUGGUUUUGGAUAUGUUUUUAAGGCCGCUAACAGUAGAAAUUAAGAAGCCAGCGGAGAUGGGGGAGGGAGGAGUACUCACAGCAGAGCGGAGGUACGAGGUCGCCUGCGAGUCAGCUGGUAGUCGGCCUCCGGCUAUCAUCACGUGGUACAAGGGCAAGCGGCAGCUGAAGAGAAUAACGGAGGAGUUGAGAGACAACCUGACAAUAAGUGUAAUGAGCUUUGUUCCUACUUUGGAUGACGACAGCAAGCCGAUCACGUGUCGUGCCGAGAAUCCAAACGUCACGACACUUUUUAUGGAGACAUCGUGGACUAUAAAUGUCGUAUAUCCGCCUGUAGUUAAAUUAAGAUUAGGAAGUUCGCUAGCAGCUGGAGACAUUAAGGAAGGAGAUGAUGUUUACUUCGAAUGCCACGUGAGAGCAAACCCACCAGCCAGGAAGCUAUCGUGGCUUCAUGAUGACCGGGCGCUCGCGCACAACGCGACCGCGCGUGUGUUCCACAGCAACCAGAGCCUGGUGCUGCAGAAGGUGACGCGGCACAGCAGCGGCAGGUACGCCUGCUCCGCACUCAACGCGGAGGGCGAGACCGUGUCCAAUGAACUGCAUUUUAGAGUUAAAUAUGCCCCAUCCUGUAGGAGUGGUAGUACCACUGGCGUUUCAGUGGUGGGGGCAGCGAGGGGAGAGUCCGUGGUGAUCGUGUGCGAGGUGGACGCUGACCCUCCAGCUGCUGUCUUCAAGUGGAAGUUCAACAACUCUGGCGAGACCCUGGACGUGCCAGCUGAUAGAUAUACAUCUAAUGGGAGUGCGUCUAGUCUAAAAUACACGCCGGUAGCGGAUUUGGAUUACGGCACUUUAUCAUGUUCUGCAUCUAAUGAAGUAGGCAGCCAGAUCACGCCGUGCGUCUUCCAAAUGGUCGCAGCUGGUAAGCCACACGCUCUUCGCAACUGCACCUUAUGGAACCAAACGUCGGACUCUGUGGAGGUGUCCUGCGUCGCUGGAUUUGAUGGUGGACUGCCUCAGCAUUUCCUACUGGAAGUAUAUUCUGGAGAUGACAGAAAACCUCGGAUAAACCUUACAUCUGAAGAGCCGAUAUGGACGGUUCGGGGCCUUGAAUGGGACGUACGGUUUAGACUAACAGCUGUGGCGGUGAACAGCAAGGGGAGGUCACCCCCCACUCCAUUAGAAGACAUCCUCUUUAGGGAUCCGGAGAAACGGACAGCAUCAGAAACAUCUCUCGGCGCAGGUGCCGCCGGCGCAGCUGGUGCGACGGUUAUCGGCGCGGGCGCAGCGCUAGCGCUCGCGGUGGCCGCGUGGCGGGCGGCGCGGCGGCGGCGGGCGCCGAGGAAAGCUCCCCCUUCCGCCCAGCUGGAUAAACCCACUGAGCAUGACGACGCGGAGCCUGAUCUUAUACCUAAUAACUAUUGUGAAACAUCGAGUGCGCCGUGUUUAGCUGUAUCCUCUCCGAGUAGAUCUGGACCGGUGCCGAUUUCCACACCAGCCUGUAACGGCCCCGGGGCGUCCUGGACUUGGGGGGCGCGAGCCACAACACCGGGCGUGACGCUCGGCAGGAGCGCCUCAGCGUCCCUACGCGGCGCGCACACGCCGGCCACGGACCUCAACGUGGACGCCAUAAAAGAGAAGCUACUCGACAAUCGCAUACCGGAGUCUUGUGUGUAGAACUAUCUGUGACGCUGCGUGCAGUAUGGCCUAACUAAGUUUGUUUCUGGCAAUCGCUUCCCUUGGACUGUAUUGAGACAAGUUUUCUGUUCUUCUGUUCUUGUAUAUUGUGUUUUUCUGUCUGGUUUACAUUUUUUUUUAAAUUUCAGUAAAAUACAGACAAAUUUGUGUGAUCUCUAUGAAUUAAAUUGAAAAUUUUAGAAAACUAAUUUUUUUUCGAAUCUAAUCAGUUACAAGAAAAUAGAAAAAGUGAUACUAUGAAUGUGAUCAUUAAAUAAAUUUACGAAUUAACAAAAUUAGCGUUUUUAUGACUUUGUUUUCUCUAAUUUGUAAUGAUUAUUAAGUAAGAAAGGAGAUAUUUCUGUAAUGUCAUUUUCAUUUUGUACACUUAAUUUAUCACCACGUUAACCUGAAC